CAGUCAACUUUCUUUCGAUCUUUGUCCCUUGUCGACGCGUAGUGUUCUGUCCUUAUUUGAAUCGAACCCACCCAGGGUUAUUUAAGUGUGUUUGAGGUGUUGAGCGGAGUGCACCGAAUCUUUCUUGUUCUGAGAUGGUAAAACCUGGGACGUUUUUCGGAAUCAAGAAUCAUAGAGUGAAAGUUGCUUUUGCGCUUAGAGUGUUGUUCGUUGUGAGUUUAGUGUCGAUUUCGCUAAUAAACUCGUUGAUAACAUCAUCCGAUGGAAAAGCCGUAGCGGAAAAAUCGCACCCUCGCCGUCAUCUGCUUGAGAUUCUGCAGGAUCAGGUGGAAGUAUUUGAACCUGCGGAUAUAGAGCUUGUGACUGAAGCAUUCACAGAAGGCUCGGUUACUCCGGAAGCGGGUUGGUUUCCUGGUCGAAAUUGUACACCAGCAGCGAUCUUCGAGUUUCCGUCGGACGGGUUCACUCGUGAGGAUCGCCGUCAUGGAUGGAUCGUAAUCCACUUACUAAUCGCAUGCUAUUGCUUCUGGCUGCUAGCGACCGUCUGUGAUGACUACUUUGUUCCGGCAAUUGAGUCGAUGUGCAAAAAGUUACGUGUGAAGGAGGAUGUAGCAGGGGCAACUUUCAUGGCGGCAGCCUCAUCCAGCCCUGAGCUGUUUAUCAAUUGUGUGGGGACAUUCGUAACGAAAGGCGAUAUAGGAGUAGGUGCCGUAGUAGGAUCCGCAGUGUUUAAUAUUCUAGCCGUACCAGCGGUUUGUGGACUAUUCGGAGGACAGGUCGUUCAACUGAAAUGGUGGCCUGUCACACGAGACUCGAUGAUGUACGGCAUGGCCGUUAUCGGCCUGAUCACCGUGCUCUUCGACGGGAAGGUGAUGUGGUACGAGGCGCUUAUCUUGGUUUCAGCCUACAUUUUCUACAUUACCGCAAUGUACUGCAAUGACUCCAUAAACCGCUUCAUGUCACGAGCAUUUCGGCGAAAAUCCUGCGUUCGACCGUACACGGAGGUUACUGAAAUCUCCCCGCUGCUGUCCAACGAACAGAAUGGUGCCAAUGGUACUUUGAAAAAUGGUCAAGCUAGACAAUCCUGUGAUAGCGAUGCUAGUGAAGAUAGCUUCGAAGAAUUCGAACUGGCAUCAACCCCCUGGAAUCGUCGCGACGAGAAUACGCUGGUUUAUUUGUGUCGCUGGCCCAUCACAUUUAUCCUGUGGGCGACCAUCCCAGACUGCCGUCGGUAUCCAAAAUUACACAUUUUAACGUUUUUCGCUUGCAUUUUUUGGAUCGGUAUCACGUCCUACUUCGUAGCAUUCCUGAUCACUGUAGUUGGUGACACUAUUGACAUUCCUGACUCUGUGAUGGGACUUACGUUCCUAGCGGCCGGUACGAGCGUUCCGGAAGCAGUAUCCAGUAUUAUCGUCACCAAUCAGGGCCACGGUGAAAUGGGUGUCAGUAACUCUCUUGGAUCCAACACUUUCGACAUUCUACUAUGUCUCGGUCUGCCAUGGUUGAUUAAAUCGCUUGGCUUCCCUGCCGUUCCAGGAAACCGAUGGGUUUCACUAAACUCGUCUGGUCUUACUUACUCAGCGAUAUCGCUGCUAUCGACCCUGUGUGGAUUGUACAUCGCCUUCUGGACCAACCAUUUCAAGUUAGACUGGAAGGUUGGGCUCACGUGUCUGAUGAUGUAUGUGGCCUUUCUGACGGUGUCCAGCUUGAUCGAGCUGAAUGUGUUUUUCCAGGUCAAUCUACCAACCUGUAUGCAUUGAUUGCUCAUGUAGUUGCACCAACGAAAAAUUUGUUAGAUUACGGUGUGCUAUAUUAUAAUUGUAUUAGUGAUGUAAGAUUAAAGUGUGAAUUGUGUACCAGAAUACUUUGUAAGUUAAACAAAAAUAUACUCAACUAUUUCAAGCUUAUAGUACACUCCA